AAGAACACAAGGACUAAUACAGACAAGAUGACUAAAGCUUUCUCCUCGGUUGAAUGGCUUGCUCAAAGCAGCCGCAGAUCUCACAGAGAGCAGCCAAGCAAAGUGGAUCAGAAAUAUUCACCGUACCCCAGCCCAUCCCUGCCUUCCUGGAACAGUGAUGUGUCCCCUUCUUCAUGGAACAGCCAACUAUCUCCAGAUCCAGACAGUGCCCAAGUCUCACCAUGCCCUGCGAGUGCACAAGUAUCUCCAUAUUCCUCAGACAGCGAAAUAUCACUGUAUUCACAUGAAGAAGAAGCCUCAUUCUAUGGAAUGGACCUUAAUACAUCAUCAUCCCCUGGAGACAAUGGAUUGCUACACUCUGAAAUGGUUUCAGUGCCAGAUAAUAUUCCCAGAGCCAGUUCCGAUGAAGAUGCUGCUAAGUCUGCCUACAGCACUAGCACUGACUCAGGCUAUGAAAGUGAAACAAGUUGCUCCAGCUCUACAGCCCCUGAAGGAGAUGCCAUAUCUCUGAGUCCCAAUGAUACCUCAUAUGAAGAGGGCAAGAUGGGUCGAAGGUUGAGGACGGCUUUCACCAGUGAUCAGAUCUCCACUCUGGAGAAGACUUUUCAGAAACACAGAUACCUUGGGGCGUCUGAAAGACAGAAACUCGCAGCCAAACUCCAGCUUUCUGAAGUCCAGAUUAAAACCUGGUUCCAGAACCGCAGGAUGAAAUACAAACGGGAAAUCCAAGAUGGCAGACCAGACUCAUACCACCCAGCCCAGUUCUUUGGUGUCUACGGCUAUGCACAGCAGCCCACUCCUGUAUUCCAGCAUGCAGUCCAACAUCCCUACCCAGGUUAUAACCCACUAAUGGAAACCCUGCCUGGUACCAUGCCCUAUACCAUGCAUCCUCCUGCCAUGGACUCUAUGACUCCCUUCAACUCUCAACCUUUUCAGAUGCUCUACCUGCCCCAAGAGCACCUUGGGCAACCUCUGACCUAUCAGGAAGAAAGGCCAUUUGUUAGAUAUUAAUAUGAAGCCAAUGCAAAGGACUAUACUAAAUACUGGACUUUUUCAGAAACUUCUGUCUUCGAAUAUUAGCACUAAACAGUGGCAAAGUGUCCACAAAGUGACCUGUUUGUAUUGGGUCGUGUUUUAUUGUAUUUGCAUUAUUUUUAUUCACAUUGAAUAGUUAAUUUUAUAGAUGUUUAAAUUAACUUUAAAGAUGUAUUUCUGUUAAAUUAAUAAUAAAUGUGACUUAUAUUUUAACAGCA